AUGCAGGCAUAUGUACGAUCUUUUAUUUGUUCGGAUGAACUUGGUGACGAAUUGUAUCGCAGUUUGAAAGACAAAGAAGACGAAUCCGUUGAUCAGCUGAUCUCAUUAAUUGGUGAUGAGUACGAGUUUGAGCAUAACACAUGGUCUGACGGUGUUAAAGAAGAUGAUGUGAAGGUGAUUAAGAGUCAUCCAGAGCUGCGAGAAUCCAGUGACGGUAACGAUUCUUCUGAUAUGGAUAAGGAAUAUGGGAAGGAAAGAAGGGGAUCAGGUGUCCGACAUUCUCGAGAAGCAAGAGGCCGACCAUUUAGGAGUCAUGAUGAGGGAGCAAAUGGUGGCCAGCCUAGCUCUGCCGGUGUGGCUGAUUUGGUUAGACUAGCUGCUCAGGCGUUUGAAUCACAGCUACUACCUAUGUUUGAGGGGUACAUGGAUAGUAUGAAAGACCACAUAUUUUCGGAAUUCCAAACCAUGAAGAAUGGAGUUUCCUCUGCGCGUGCGUCAAUUGCCUCGUUAGAAACUUUUGUUAAGGCAGAGUUUGCGAAUCUACAAAAUCCCUACGGGAAUGGUGUUUCAAAUUAUUCUAUGCUAGCCACUUCUGAAGUAUUCGAUAUGAACAAUUGGAGUUGGGUUGAUCCUGUCUUUCUUACCUUUUUCCAGGGGUUUUUUUCCACUGAUAAGGGAUGUGCUGCUACUGGAAGUCAGACCCCAGACUACGUGUCUGAGGAAUCCAUAGCUGUUACCUCAGAAGUAGCAGACAUACAUACAGAAGAUCCUCCUCUGUCAAAUCUCGAAAGUAGCAUAACCCAACCAGAGAUUAUGGUCUCAGCUGUUCAGCAGGUGAUAUUCGGGCAAGAAAUUAUGAUCCAUGUUUCCACGUUCAUGUGUUUUUCGUACAUGUCUCAUCUUGUUUUCUCGCACAGGGACCUCCAACGUUCAGUCCUGCAGAGAAUACUCAUGUUGUACAGGUAUAGUUCUAGUGGACGUCUUCAGAACUCUACUACCACCAGCCAACCUGAUGGCUUCUUACGCUACAGCAAACGAUCGCGUCAGAGUCCUGACAGACGGAUUGCAUUCCUCAAGGCUAUGGAGCAUGCUAAGAAUCAGCAACCCUCUGAACGUGACAGCUUUCAAAUUGACACGUUAAUGUCUUUCUUCGACUGCACCAAGGUGGCUUCUGAGAAGGCAGUUGAUCAUGUCCUGGCAUACAUCCGGAAGCGCAGGGAUGCUAAGGGUUCUUUCUCCUUCUCACCGUGUUUGCAGCAACCGUUUAUAAAACGCCCUCAAUGGUUCAAGAAGGUUGAUGUCGUCUACGUUCCCGUGAUUGUAAAGAAAAUCUACUGGGUUGGUCUUGUUGUUGAUCUCAAUGUCUGGGCGAUGUAUGUUGUUGCAUCAAACACCGCUUGUCCUUCCGAGUUAGAUCUUGCUUCUGUGGUAACACCACUUUCGAUUCUCCUUCCCCACCUGAUAGGUCGGUACAGCAACUCUAACAAGGCGCAAGAACUCAAUUUCGCACCCAUGACUAUUUCCCGUCUCGACAUUUCUGCACUCGAAGAGCAUCCAGGUCAGUGUUGUUCAGCUGUGGUGACCCUCAUGUUGUUAGAGAUGCAUGCGGUAGGAAAGCCGAUGAAUUCUCUUCAUUUCAGUGAAGAGCAGGUAAAGACAGCUGCAGAGAAUUAUGCAAUUGAAGCACUUCAGCUGUGUCAGCCCGGUAAACUUCCUUGUGCUGAGUAG